CCCCGGGGAGGGGAGCGAGCGCUCGCGGGCCCGUGGUGGGUUCGGCUGCGCUGCGUGAGGGGCUGAGGCGGCCGUGGUGGCGCGAGCGCAGGGAGCGGACGUUGGGUUCCUGAACCUCGGCGCUGAAGACAGCCAGGCCUCCAGCACAGGGUCAAACAGUGCUGCUUCUUGGAAAAACUGAAAAAGCUCUCUGGACGACAGGGGCCCAGAGCUGAUGGCAGACAAUGUCAGCCACUAACAACAUAGCCCAGGCUCGGAAGCUGGUGGAACAGCUCCGCAUCGAAGCCGGGAUCGAGCGCAUCAAGGUCUCCAAAGCCUCCUCCGAACUCAUGAGCUACUGUGAGCAGCACGCCCGGAACGAUCCCCUGCUGGUGGGAGUCCCCGCCUCGGAGAACCCCUUUAAGGACAAGAAGCCUUGUAUUAUCCUAUAGCUCUAUCUUCCCUCUUGCUAGGCUCCUCCCCGACCCCCCCUCCCCCAGCCAGGGCAUCAUUCAGUACACAGUCAAGCAAAGCUCUUAAUUCCAAAAGAAAUGCAAAAAGUUGCCAUCACCCAGGUGGGGUAAAAUGUAUCCUCUGGGUUCAGAUGGAUUUUCAGACCCAACAUCGCAGCCCUGUCAGGGGCCGGGCUCCACCACCACUUCUCAUGGGGAAUAGCUGAAAUGCCCAAGCGAUGUGGUAACGAUUUUUGAAAACUGCGUUGCCAUUUGAGUCAUGGUCUAGAGCCGAGCUGGGCGGGGAGACGGGAAGGAGGUGGGUGAAUUAGCCGCUGGCGUGGGUGACCCAGCUGGGUGGCAAGUCUCACACAGUUGGCCAUUUGUGAGGACUUCAGCCAGGUUGAUGAUGUGAUGCUUUUGGCCAGGGUGUGUUAAGUGGAGAAAAAUUGGGUGGAGUUGGGAGGAGGGACAUAAUGAACUUUUUUCAGAAAUUUUUCUCCUUUUCAUUUAAAACCUUGUAAUUCCAUACCGCUAAAAUCGGGUGUCAUUGGCUGAACCUGUAGCUAAGCUGGGUUGUGUGACAAUGCACACGUGGAUUUUAGGGGCCGGGAGGGGGGCUUUGCCUGUGAAACGCACCCCUGUCACCCAGGGUCACCCAGCUGUGUGGCUUUUGUGUGGCAUGUGUCAUCCGACAGCCAUGCUGAGGCCCCCUCCCUUUCCUGGGGACCCCGCCCAUCCCAGAAACGGAUUUUCAGCCCAUGGCUCUGGUCACUGCAAUGGCCAGCUGUGUUUUCUUUAGUUUUAAGCACGAGACAUCAGCGUGGGCAGUUAGAGGCUGUGGUCAUAUUUGGCUCUUUCGUGUUUUGUUCUGUUUUUUUCCACUUUCUGCAUCUCCAUGGUCAUUUUUCAGGCAAAAAUGCAGCCUGGGGAGGCCAGCCUGGGGCCCCCUGGUGCUUCGGGGUAUAAAAAGGUGCGAGGGAAUUCCCCGGUGGUCCAGUAGUUAGGACUCCGCGCUUCCACUGCAGGGGGCACGGUUUCGAUCCCGGGGAACUAAGACUAAGAUCCCGCAAGCCGGGCGGGCGGCCGGCCAAAAAAAAAAAAAAAAAUAGGUGUGAAAUUGUCUGGAAGUCGCUGCAGAGGCCCUGGAGAUGGGAUCCUUUGCCCAGAAAUGGAGAGGCACCGGCAGUGCUCCCCUCUGCGCUCACACCCGGCCGCCCGGAGCAUCUGUAAGGUGUCGUGUAGUUGAUGGUGAGGGCGGGCUGGGGGGCUCUUUUACAAUUGCUGUUUCCUCUGUUACGACAAAAACAUUUAAAGAGGUGGAGGCAGAAGGACGGGUCAGAUGCACACCUGCUUUCGGCGGCCUGAUCCCCAGU